AUGCAUAAAAAUUAUUUACCAGAAAUUCAUUAAUCUCAUUCAUCUCAUCAUUUAGAAUCAAAAUACAAACAAAAAUUUUAAUCGUCAUCUAACUCUUCUAUUGAAUGGGAUCAAUUAAUUAAUACAUCAAUACCUCAUUCAGCCAAAGUUUAAGUAAAUAUGAAAGUUUCAGGUUUUAUUUAUUUAUCAAAAUUAGUUCCAUCAUCUGAUGUUUCAUAUCUUAAAUCUACCAAAAGAAAUUUUACAAAGCUUGGAACUAGUAUUUAUAAGGAACCUGAACUUUAAUAAACUGUAAUUUAUGUAUGAACUAUUGUAGAAAUAUGAUAAAAGUAUGCAAUCAUUUUAUACUACACUGUAUCGUAAAUCAUCUUUAAGAUUGCCAUUUAACACAAAUUUAGAAAAAGACCCAUUUUCAGGUCGUUUAUUAGAUUUCACUGAAAUUUUCUAAGACAAUAAAAAAGCUACAGCACUUUAAAGAUAUUUCUCUGAAAUUUUAAAACUUGAAAUGCAAUAAAAUCAUUCAGAAAAGGAAAUGGUUCCUCCAAAUAGAUAACAAGCUAUAGACUUAAAAGAAUGGCUUUUUAUGAUGAUAACAUAUACUAAACAAGAAUCUUCAAAUAUUAAUACAAAAGAAUUAGCUGAGAGAAUUCAGUUAAUUUAUGCAUCUUGUUUAAGAGAAUUGAUUAAGUAAUUUAUAAUCAUUAAAUAGAUAAGUUAGUAUAGAGUGUACUGAAAGAGGAGAAUUAUUAUAAAUAGUUUGGGAUUUUUAUGUAGAAUUUAUUGGUUAAAUAAUUAAAUGUUAUUCUGAAUAAUAAAAAGAAUCAGAUAAAUCCUAUUUAGAAUAAAUAAAAAGGAUUUAAAUAUCUCAUGAUUCUUAAAUGGAAGCCUAAAAGAUUAAACAUUAGGAAUCCUAAGAAUAAAUCUAAAAAAUAAGAAAUGAAACUUCUAAUUCAGUUGAGGACCACAACUUAACAAAAGCAAAAAUGCUUCUAUUAACAACUGAUAUGAAAUUAUUAUUAUAAACCAAUGAAGCCUAAAAAAAAGAGAUUGAUUCCUUACUAUUAUAAAUUAUGCAAUUGAGAACUUAAGAUUAAAGUGAUAAAAAGUAAGAAACUUAAAAAAUUAAUGUUAAUUUGUCUUAAGGAUAAAGUAUUGUAUCCCAUCUAUUAAAUACCAAAUAAUUCUCUACUGAAUAUAAAUUUAAAAAAAGUAGAGUGAAAGAUACAAAUUUUGAAAAGUUUGAAUAGCUUAGAUAAUAAGAAUAUUAACUGAAGUCAGAAUUAAUAGAUUAAUAAAUUUUAGAACCUGAUAUUGAAUAUAAUGAUUAAGAUGUACAAGCAUGUGUUGAAAAUUAAGAUUAAGAAAUUUAAACAGAUUUGAAUAUAAUUACUCUAGAUUUACUAGAAAAAAAAAUAUUAGAAUAAGAUAUAAUAAUUGAAAAUUUAUAAGAAGAACAAUAAUAAUAAUAAUAAUAAUAAUAAUAAUAAUAAUAAACUAAUAUAAAUUUAAAAAAUAAUUAGUAUUCAACUUAAACGUAAAAUUGUUUAUCUGAUAUAAAUUAAAGUUUAAUUGCAACUUAAGUUUAAUAAGCUAUUUAACUUAUCCAAGAUUCUUAAUUAGAUUAAAAAUAAAUGAUUUGUGAUAUUCUUACUUAAUCUAUUUCUUAAAAUUAACAUUUAUCAUAAAGAAUCGCCAUAUUAGAGAGAGAAGAAACAAUUUAUAAAAUUGAAUUGAUGGAAAAAGCAGAUUUUAAUUAAGAAUUAGAAUCUAAAUUAACUUAAGCUGUUUCAGAUUUUAUUGAUAUCAUAAAAACAAAAAAAAACUAAAUUAAAAAUUUAUUAAAAUAGAAAUCUUAUCUUAAACAAACACUUAAGUAGGUAUCAUCUACAUGUGAUAUAUAAAUCAACGGACUAGAAUUUAUUGAUGAUUAAUUUAAUGUAUUAGAAUAAAAUGAUCUCGAAUAAUCAUAAUAAAAUUUAUAAGAAAUAGAAUUCUCUCAAAAUUUGUAUUAAGAAGAUGAUAUAAAAAUUGAUGAAUAGGAUGAAUUUGAAUAUUAAUUUACAGAUAGAACAAAAAAUUUAGAAAAUGAAGAAUCUAAUGAAUCAAAAAAUUAAUUGGAAAAAAUAAUAACCUUAAAUGAAAGUAAAUCAUAAAUAUUUAUAAUAGAUUAUUAAAAUGGAUAUUAAUAAUAGUUUGAUUAAGAGGAAGAUAAUUAGGAUGAAAAUGCUUGUUAAAAUACUUAAACUAAUUAAUAGUAUAAUAUCUAAUAUUCAGACGAUUAAAAGACAAUUUAAUAAUAGGAUAAAAUUAAUCAUAAAUUAAAAAAUUAAAAUUAAAAUUCUUAAAAUAAUGAAAAAUAAAAAAAAUCUUAAAAUAUUAAGUAAAAUGUAUCAAAAAAUUUACAAAAUAAGGCUGAUAUAGAUAAAAAACAAUAAUUACCUGAUCUUAUAUAAAGUUUUGAUAAAAAAUAAUCCUAAAACGAUAGUAGUUAAAGUAUGUCUACAUAAAUAAAAUAAAAUGAAAAAACUUAAAAAUAAUAAACUUAGUAUUCAAAAUCUGAAAAUUAGUAAUAAUUAAUAUACUAAACUUCUAAAUAAAAUUAACAAAAGAAAUAAUAAGUAGUCUAAGAAAAUUUGAUAAGUUUAAAUUAAAAAAAUUAAUUAUCAGAUAAAGAUAGAAAAACAACAGGUAAAAGUUUAAAUUAAGAUCAAAAUUAAGGACAUUAAGUAUCUUUAGUUUAAACUAAAGAAUAAAGUGAGUAAAUUUAUUCAAUCAAUAUUAAUAAUUAAACCACAAAAAAUAGGAAUUUAAAAACAUAAAAUUAAGAUAAAAGUUUAAGUAUGACAUAAAUUGAUGAAACAAUCUCAGAGGAUUUAGAUUUUGAAUCAUCUUAAAUAAUUUCAAAUAAUCCUUAAGGUGAAAGAAUUAAAUAAGUAAUUAAUUAAUAUAAGGAUUAAUAAAAUAAAAUAAAAAAUAAAUUUCACCCAAUAGUGCUUGAACCUUAGAAUUAAAAGAGAUUUCGUAGAAUCUACAGUUAAAAUACAGAUUUAGCUAAUAGUUUAUUGAAUGAAUUAAAAUCUAAAAAAAAACAGAAUAAGAAAAUUCAAUUCUCUAUUUUAUAAUUAUAAAAAUUAGUAAUACAAAUUCUGAGUGAUAUUUGCAAAUAAGCAGAGGGAUAUAAAAUACCAUUUCAUGUUUGUAUUUACGAUUAUUUUAAAAAUAAAUAUGGAUUCAAGCAAGUGGCUGAAAAAAAAAUUAAAUAGGUUUAUCAAUUUAUUUAUUAUGAAAAAACCAAUCAUAUUAAAGCAAAAUUGUUAGCCUAAUUUUGCUAUCUUAUUGGUGAAAUGGAUGAAAUAGGAUAAAAGUUAUUAACUGAGAGUUAUUAAUUUUUUACAUAAAAAAAUGACUUAAUUUAUGGAAAAGUAGAAUUAUUAUUGAAUUAUGAAUAAGUAAGCGAGUUUUUAAGUGAAAAAUCAUUUAGAUGGCUUCAAUAACAGCAAAUAUAAUAAUUAUUACAUUUAUAUAGAAGUUAAUAAUAAAAUAAUUAAAGAUAUUAUAUAAAUCAUGAUAAUUUGUUAUUAAAAAUAUUAGAAUGUUAUUAUAGUAACAAAAAAGACUAAUAAACAAUUUUAGAAUCAUUAUUCAACGCAGCAGAUUUGGAUGGAAAUAAAUUAAUUGAAUUUUCAGAAGUAAACAAAAAUUAUAAUAAUAUAGUUCAAAACUCUACACAGAGCGAUUCAUUAGGAUAAAUUAUCCAAAACUUAAAUAUUAUAAAUAUUUACAAAUAAUGCAGAUUUUUAAGAUGAAAAUGGUGAUAAAAUGUUAACUUUAUCAAGAUUUACCGAAAUGUCAAUUGAAUUAGGAAUAUUUCAAAAAGAACAUGUAUUAAAAUAUAGCGAAGGAAAUGAAGAAUUAAUAAAUAAAUGGGAAAAAGAAAAAUCAAAUAUUAAAUAUAGGUAAAAUAUACAAUUAAUUAAUUUAAAAAGAUUUUUGAGAGCUAAGAAAUAUUAAAAAGUUCGCCACACAUUCUAAUAGUUAGAAAAGGAAAUUAAAAAUUAAGAGAAGGAUAAAUAAACAAUAUUAUGGGUAAGUUAUAAACUGUUAAAUGAAGAGUCGCAAAGAGUGUUAUAAAAGUAUUUAUUAUUAAUUAAAAGAAGUUAUGAGACUAAUCAAUGUUUAAAUGAAUUAUUACCAUAAUUGAACUUGAUUAUGUAGAAAAACAAAAUUAUUGAAUAAUUAGAAUGA